GCGAACCGAAGCGCACCACGGUCACGGCGACGACGUUCACGGGGACGACCGCGCGUCGGUUGCAGCACCAGCGACGGCGGACAGCAUCUCCACCACCGACGGCCGCGCCGACCGACAGUGGCACUUGCGUGACUCUUCGCGGCCAUGGAUUUCCGGGCGGGCGCUCAUCUCGGACCCGGUUCGGCUAUUGCGCCGUGCGACGAUGAUAGUAAUAAAAAUAACAAUAAUAAUAAUACGUCUAUGCGGUACCAUCCGACGACUUGUGUGCGGACUGCUCGGACGAGAUGAGAAAAUUAAAAAAAAACGGACAAUCCGGAGAAUUUUUCGAGAAAAGUGUCGAUUAUUUAAGAUUAUAAUAGAAAAUAUGACGGGUCGGCAGAUACGUCGUUUGCUGUACGGACUGCUGAUUUUAGCAUUAUUUGUCAUUGUUAUACACAGUGGCCGUACUGCAUAUUGGCUAGCCAAAGAUGAACAUUACUUAGAACGGCCGCACCUCUCCGCCGAGGACCAGCUAGAUUACAACGAACAACAGAACCUUCAAUAUUUGGAAUCCCCAAUUCAAUCUUUAACAUACAGUUCUUUAAUGAUGGAACCGAAUGAAAUUUCAAAAUCACAAUUACCAUGGUAUUUUAAAGAUGGCUUACUAAGACCAAGCAGAGCUAAAACACAUAUUAAGACUGGACAAAGAAUUACACAGGUGUGGCCUAAAGAACAAAAAACCGAUGACCGUAUUGAAAACCAACUAAUGUUUAUACCACCUAAUUAUCGAUACGACGAUGAACCAAUGAAAACGAUUUUACUUUUCAAUGGUUUAAGUAAUUGGAUGGUAGAAGAUGGACAGAAUGUAUUUAUCUCAAAACAAUGUCCGGUUAAUAGAUGCACAAUUACUUCGAAAAAGUCAGAAGCUUCAAACGUGGACGCAAUUUUAUUUCGUGAUCAUUUUUCACAUCCCGGUCACAGAAAAACUGGUAAACAAGUAUGGAUUUUAUAUUUUCUCGAGUCACCAUACCAUACAGAACUUAUCACUUACAACGAUGUGUUCAACUGGACAGCGACAUACAGACACGAUAGUGACAUCGUCACGCCAUAUGAACGAUGGGCGUACUACGAUCCGUCAGUGACACAAGUUGAACGAUUAGAACGGAAUUACGCGUUUAACAAAACGAAACAAGUGGCAUGGUUUGUAUCAAACUGUGGUGCCAAAAACGGCAGAUUACAAUACGCUAGAGAAUUGGCCAAAUAUAUAUCAGUAGAUGUGUAUGGCGUGUGCGGACAAUUCAAGUGCCCUAGAUCAGAUAAGUGUUUUCAAAUGUUGGAACAUGAUUACAAAUUUUAUUUGGCUUUCGAGAAUUCAAAUUGUUUCGAUUACGUGACCGAAAAGUUCUUCGUCAAUGGCCUCCAACACAACGUUUUGCCGGUCGUGAUGGGCGGGCGCCGAGAGGACUACGAGCGGAUAGCGCCUAAACGGUCGUAUGUGCACGUGGACGAUUACGAGUCACCCAAGCGAUUGGCCGAAUACCUGCGGCGGUUGGACGCCGACGACGACCUGUACAACGAGUACUUCCGGUGGAAGGGCACCGGCGAGUUUAUCGACACAAAGUUCUUCUGCCGGCUGUGCGCCAUGCUGCACGACGACGGCGCGCCGGCCAAGCACUACCGGAACAUCAACGACUGGUGGCGCGGCCCGGGCGUCUGCAACAACGCUAUGCCGUGGCGGCGGUUCAUCGAGUCGUCCGCUGAUGCCGACGAACCGCACUCGGCAGUCAACGGCGAUUAGCGUUUACCAAGGGCGGCGGCCGCAGCGCUCGACUACAUCACAGGUCGUCAGCGUCGUCGGCGCCGCCGCCGCAUCGUUGGCGGCUCGUCGCCGUCACCGGACGUCGACUUUUGGCGACCCGGCGGCGCCGCUCGAAAGACGGCACAGCCGCUACCGCCGUCGCGUCCAAACGUCCGGAAACAGCCGUCGGCACCGCUGUCACCGCCGCCGCCACACGUGCGCAUGUCGAGCGCUUCGCGAAGACGCCGGAGGGGCCGCCGGAAGAACUUUCGGGACGGGCCUCGGCCUGUACACCGUCGUGCAUAGACGACUCAUCGUUUUGGACUCGACUGUAAACGCGACGUUUGACCCGCGGCGUUGUGUCUAUUAAAUUAUUAAUCAUUAUAUAUUAUAUUGUAUAAUAAUUUGUAUUCGCCGAAACCGAUAUUGUCCACUGCCAACCCGACGCAAAAAGUAAUAUGCGGACUGUAUAAGCCGAGUACUUUCAUUUACGGUCUCCGCAUGUGGUGCAGCUGUCGUCAACUAAUAAAUAAAUAAGUCAACUGUAAGCGGUUGUGUGGGUCGAUCCGACUUGAUCCGAUUCGCGGCUGUCGACGGCGUCUCGAUCAAUCGACUACCCGCUCCCCCAUCAGUCACAUGACAUAAUAUUGUAGAAAACAAUGAAUUUUUUUUUGUACAUAUAAUAUAUUAUUGAUUUCCCAGAGUGUACGACAGUGUUGUUAUCAAUAUACACAGACUUUUUCCCGAUUUACUGCACGUCCGUCGGUACACAAAUAUUACAUUCACAAUAAUUGAAAUGUUUAAAUGCCUAAUAAAUAUAAUAUUAUUCCAUAAUUGACUUUAGUAGUUACGUAACCUUGUCAAAAAGCGAAAAAGUACAAAUUCGUUAUAUUAUAAAAAUAUAAAUACUCGUUCAUUAAAAUUGAGGACAAUUUGUCAAACAUCAAGUAUUCUAAUAUAAUAUAGUAAAUAUUGUUUACUUUAAAUGUACAGUGGAUUUCAGUGAUUAAAUGUGCUAUUAUUAUAUUAUAAUAUACGAGUGUCAUAAAAAUGUCUUCCGCUGGAAUGAUAUUAUUUAAAUUCUACAAUUAUUAUAUUUAUAAUGUAUCUUUAUACAUAUUUUAAUAUCGACUGAAUUAUAUAGACAUAUUAAAUUUAUUUAUUUGCCGAUGUAAAAACUGUUUUCCAUAACACUGUUAUGCAUAAAACUAUUCUCGAUAUUAUUUAGACAAUUGUAUCGAUAUAUA